CACAAAGUGAUCACAAUAGAAAAGAUUUCACAUGAAUUUGGAUAGAAGGUGUAUGAAUAUCUACCUGCAUGGGCUCUAUGGAUGGUGUCAAAUUUAAUGGAAUGUUCUACAUUUUAAUCGGUAUUUCUGGGUUUACUCUUACCAUUGCCCUUAUACUGGCCAUUCUGUGGACAAUGAAGUAUCGCACUUUGAUUCACACCAUUCAAGAGCUGCAGGGUGUUGAGGGUCUAUUGGGCAGAGCUGCUCCAUCCAACCCCCCAGCUCUAAGUCCCCUAACCUUGAGGAAGUGUCUAGUGCGUGAGACUAGAAGCCCACUAGAGCUUGUCUCUGUCACUCUGGGACAGGAGUAUCAGAACACUAGCUCGCCCACUCCCCUGCUCAGGCAGACAACCAAGUCAGCUUCUAGGUCUCUCUGGAGACCACAGCAAACGGGUUCCUGCUUCAACACAUCAGGGCUGGGCAUGCAGCAACUCAUCAAAGCAGGGAGGGAAGGGGUGUACUACAAGGCUAAGAUGACGCGUGGCACCUGCAAGGGUCACUCCAUUGUCACCUGCAAGAUGACCAAAGAGUGGGUUACCCACAGGAGGGUAGCCAGAGAGGUGAACAUCAUGAGGAAGCUGGGUACCCACAAGAACGUGCUGCAGCUGCUAGACUGGAACAUCACACAGGCUCCUUACAUGCUGAUCCUGGAGUCGGUGAGCAGUGGGACCCUGCGCAGUUUCCUGCAAGUGAAUCAACACCAACUGAGCAGGGACAGUGAUCUGCAAAAGCACUUCACCACAGCAGCAUAUCACAUUGCCCAUGCAAUGAGACACCUGCGCUCUAAAAUGGUGGUGCACUGUGACCUAGCCCUGAGGAACAUCAUGGUUAACCAUUUCCCCAGAGAGGUGAAGCUGGCGGAGUUUGGAUUGGCCCAAGACCUGACUCUUUUGAGCAGCCGUCGCAGCAGCCACAAAGGAGACCACUUGCAAAAAGUGCCCCUGCGUUGGUAUCCCCCAGAGUACUUCAGAAACAACUACUACAGCUUCAAAGGGGAUGUCUGGGCAUUUGGCAUUGUGCUGUGGGAGAUGCAAACAUUUGGGACCUUACCAUAUCCCAACCUGGAGACUUUAGAGUUGGUGGUGCGCUACAUCUGCUCUGGACACAGGAACUCAGAACCAGAGACAUGUAGGCCAGAGAUACUGCAGAUGAUGAAGGACUGCUGGCUGGAGCCCUACACCCAAAGGCCCUCCUUCAACGACAUAGUCAGUGUCCUGGAGAACAUCCUGGAGGAUGAUGCAGAUUACAUCGAAGUGAACAACAGACUAGCCAAUGUUGGAUAUGGCGACCAAGAUCAAGUCUGCCUUACUCUCCUUCAUGACGACUGAAUAUGUGCAGAGAGGAAGAGUUGGUGCCAUGCAGGGCUACGGGCCAGAAGGUUGAGGAUUCGCUGACAACCACAGAAGAGCUCACUCUCCCUGCCUGUUUCGUUACUUCAAGAUCAAAGACGGUUGCAGACAAUGAUCAGCUAGGGGGAAUCAGAUUUUCAACAUUUUGAUGCCAUAUUUUAUCAUAUAAAAUACACUGCUCAAAAAAAUUACGGGAACACUAA